AUGUCCGCCACCAACGAGCUCCCGCAGGCUGGGAGCGGCACCGCUGCGUUCAGCGCAGAGGCGUCGACGUCGUCGCCGGCAUUCGAGCAGUGGCGCAAGUCCAUGGCCCAGUUUACGGGCCUGGGCCUGUCCGACUCGGAGCAGGCGGAGCGCCAGCGCCGGUUAGAGCUGCAGACGCUCGAGAAGGACUGGGACAGGUGUGAGGGGUGGAAGAAGGAGCUCAUGACGACUAGCCCGAUGAUUGUCUUCCUCCUUAAACACCUCAAGAUGGCCGGGUGCGAGUUCCCGUCCUCGGCCAUGCAGUGUCACCCAUGCGACCCCAGCCGCGCAGGAGGUUUCUCCCCCGCCCACGGUAUCUUGUUGUGCCAGAACCGCGUGUCCAGCAAGAAGCACAUGGAGGACACGCUCGCCCACGAGCUCAUCCACGCCUACGACCACUGCAAGUUCAAGGUCGACUGGAUGAACCUCCGCCACCACGCAUGUACCGAGAUCCGCGCCGCCAACCUGUCCGGCGACUGCCGCUGGUCCCGCGAGGUCCAGCGUGGCCACUACGCCUUUUCGAAGCAGCACCAGGCCUGCGUCAAGCGCCGCGCGGUCCUCUCCGUCAAGGACCACCCGAACUGCAAGUCGGUUGAGGACGCCGAGCGGGCCGUCAACGAGGUCUGGGACAGCUGCUUCAAGGACACCAGGCCGUUUGACGAGAUCUACUAG